AUUCAAAUAUAUUCUGGGAGCCACGGUGUAUUCCAGAAACUGUUAAGAAAUGCUGUUAAGUCAUUGUUUUGGUUAUUCCUCUAUUUUUGAAUACCUUAGCUAAGUGAUGUGGCUAAAUUGGCCCUGUUGUGUUAAACUGUCCCUUGUUGUUUUCAUAGACAGUUGAGAGGUCAUUAUCUCCCAAUGUUAGCUAGCCUUCUUGAUGCACUUGAAGUACAACGGAAGUCAUAAGCAAUACUUCCUUGGCAACCUAGCGAGUCCCCAGCAACUACUGUCUUCAAACAGGCAGAAUGAUGGCGAAGAUAUUCGGAGCAAAAAAAUCACUUUGGCAACACGUUUGUGAAGAGUAUGAAGCUGAGCAGCCCAGUCCCCCCAGCACUGUGAGGACAGAUAUUAUCAGCUCAGUGAGCACAAAGCGCUCCCCGUACAGCGCCAGCACACACUCCCCUUCAAGCCAGACGUGGCCGUCAACAGCUGCAACAAUAUCCCCUCCACAACUACAUAGAGGUCCUGUCAAACGGUUUUUGGAGAAGAGAGUGUUUCUAGUGUUGUUGCCUGGACUGGAGGCUUUGCUGACAGAAGCUCAGAAACAUGGCUGUUUCGAGAAGAAAAAAACUGCAUUUAACCCAUGCGACUUCCUGACUAAGUGGCUCUACAACCAGGUCCUCCAAACAGAAGCCAUUGUGCUUCUGCAGAGUGUCAGGGCACGCCCAGAUGUGCAGGAGCUGCGUCAGUGGCAGAAGGAACUGAGAGAGAACGGUGACAUUGCCAAAACUGUCGAGCAGUUCUGGGCCCAACAAGAGAGUCGAGCGGGCUCUUCGAUGACAGAUCUUCCAGAAAGCCCCCAGCUCGCUGACUCAGAUGUGUCCAUCCAGGUGGUUUGCCCCACACCCCAGAGCACGGUGGUCCACACCCCCCAGAUGACCCCUGAGGGCAGUGUUUGGCUGACCCCCAGCCUGUGAAGCGUGGAGAAAAUGGCCUCCACACCAUCACCAACUGAUUUCCUGUCUGUAUCGCAUGGUGAAAAAUCCCUGACUGCAGCGUCUCCUUCUUUACUAGGAACUCAAAACCUGAGCUAGUCUAGUGGCAACUGAGAUCACUGGACCUGAUAACUAUGUUUCUGUGGUGUUUAAAGGCUAUUAAACUCUGUUAGGUUGAUGUCAAACGUACUAAAGUGAUCAGUCAAACAAGCCAUUAAAAACGCCUGUAACCAAUUGGAUAUGGCCAGGCAGGGAUUUAUGAUCUGAGAGUCGUGUCUAAUUAGUUGAUUGCUUUCAUUGCCUUCGAUGGAUCACUUCCCUUCAUGAGUCUCACCCAACAAAUGAACACCAUAUACAUUAGUACAGUUCACAUAUUAUUUUUAGUCAGGAGUGAAGCCUCUUGUAACAGACUUAGUAUUUCCUUGCAGCACCUUUGCCUAGUUUCUCACUGGAAGAUCCGAAUCCAGAAGAACCAAAUUGUAUUUCCUUGCCUUGUUAUUUCCGUUUUCCUUAUCAAUACAUGUCGUUCUACAAAAAAGGUUAUAGCAUUUCCAUUCAUGCCAGGAAGUGAGGCCAGAGUGAAAGGUGAGUAAGCGAGCAGAGCAGCACUUUCUAUCCUGCUUAUCAGGAAAAGGAAAUUACACUGUCGGAGAAACGGG